AUGGCAGACAAGACAGUCGUUGCAUUUGAUCUGUAUGGCACUUUGUUAUCCACCGACUCCAUUGCCAAAGAGCUAGCGAACCAUUUUGGCGCUGCCAAGGCACAGGCCAUCUCCGCACUCUGGCGGAGAUACCAGUUGGAAUAUACAUGGCGACUCAACAGCAUGGAGCGUUACGAGGAUUUCUCCAGCAUCACUCGGAAUGCAUUGCUUCAUGCACUGGCCGAGAACGGCGAGCAGUUGGGCGACACCGAUAUCGCUAGUCUGAUGGAAGCCUACGACAGUCUUUCUACGUUUCCCGACGUGAGUCCGGCUUUGGACCGAAUCGCAGCCGACUCGACCUUCCACGCCGUGGUAUUCUCCAAUGGCUCGAAAGUAAUGGUUUCCAACUCGGUUAUUCACUCCAAGGACCUUGCCCCGCACGCCAAUAUGUUUCAAGACCUGAUCACCGUCGACGAAGUCCAGCGGUACAAGCCAUCGCGAGCAAGCUAUCAGCACCUUGCGGAUAAGGUUGGCAAGCAGCCAUCGCAGAUGAGCGAGCUUUGGCUCGUCAGCGGAAACCCGUUCGAUGUCGUCGGUGCGCGUAGCAUGGGGAUGAAUGCGAUCUGGGUUGAUCGAGCCGGCAAGGGGUGGCAGGACGCUGCUGUGCCAGAUCUACGACCUUCGGCUAUUGUACGCAGCCUGGAGCACAUUGUGGAUAAGAUUAAGGGCCGUCGCAAGUGA